AUGAAAUCUUUCAAGGAAGAAUUAACGUUAGGCGAAAGGCUCGCGGAAUCGCGGGAGAUAAUCGCCAAGUACCCUACUCGGAUUCCAGUAAUUGCUGAGAAGUAUUGCAAGACCGAUCUACCUGCGAUUGAGAAAAAGAAGUUUCUUGUUCCACGAGAUAUGUCGGUUGGUCAGUUCAUAUACAUCUUGAGUGCUCGAUUGCAUUUGUCUCCUGGUAAAGCCUUAUUCGUGUUCGUCAACAACACUCUGCCUCAAACCGCUGCUUUAAUGGAUUCAGUCUACGAAACUUAUAAAGACGAAGAUGGAUUCGUUUACAUGUGUUAUAGCAGUGAGAAAACCUUUGGUUGA